GGCUUGCCGUCGUUUGUUGCCAUGGUGAUAAUGACGCUGCGCUGGCUCACUAGGAUUAGUUUUUAGCCAGUUUAGCAACGCAAAGUGUCCUGUCAAAUAGAAAAACCGUGGGAAUAAUAAAGGGCAGUGUCAUGGCGUCUGCUUUAGAUGCUCUCUGGGAAGACAGAGAUGUUAGGUUCGACAUAACGGCUCAACAAAUGAAAACUCGUCCAGGAGAAGUGCUGAUAGAUUGCCUGGACUCAAUUGAAGAUACAAAGGGAAACAAUGGAGAUCGAGGGCGACUCUUAGUCACAAAUCUGAGGAUCAUCUGGCACUCUUUGGCUCUGCCAAGAGUAAAUUUAUCUGUUGGUUACAACUCCAUUAUUAACAUUACAACGAGGACAGCAAACUCUAAACUGAGGGGUCAAACUGAAGCUCUCUACAUCUUAACAAAGUCCAACAACACAAGAUUUGAGUUCAUUUUCACAAAUUUGGUUCCGGGAAGUCCAAGACUCUUUACCUCUGUCAUUGCUGUACACAGAGCCUAUGAGACAUCUAAGAUGUACAGAGACCUGAAACUGCGAGCAGCCCUCAUACAAAAUAAGCAGCUUAGACUUUUGCCCCAGGAGCAGGUCUAUGAUAAAAUUAAUGGUGUUUGGAAUUUGUCCAGUGAUCAGGGAAACCUUGGAACCUUUUUCAUCACUAACGUUCGGAUUGUUUGGCAUGCCAACAUGAAUGAAAGCUUCAAUGUCAGCAUUCCUUACCUUCAGAUUUGGUCCAUCAGAAUAAGAGACUCCAAGUUUGGCCUGGCUUUGGUGAUUGAAAGUUCACGUCAGAGUGGAGGGUAUGUGCUGGGGUUCAAGAUUGAUCCAGUGGAUAAGCUGCAAGAUGCGCUCAAAGAAAUCAAUUCCCUGCACAAAGUUUACUCAGCCAACCCAAUAUUUGGAGUAGACUAUGAAAUGGAGGAAAAGCCCCAGCCGUUGGAAGAACUCACAGUGGACCAGCCUCCAGAUGAUGUGGAAAUUGAGCCCGAUGAGCAGACUGAUGCCUUCACAGCUUACUUUGCUGAUGGCGUGAAGCAACAAGAUCGUGAACCGGUGUUCUCUGAAGAACUUGGCCUAGCUAUUGAAAAGUUGAAGGAUGGAUUCACACUUCAGGGGCUUUGGGAAGUAAUUGGCUAAAAUAAUAACAAAAACGUGUACUCUAUGUAUAGAUUGGACUUUUUAGUCUUCCAAGACAUUUAUUAAUUUAUUUAUAGUGAAAUACCAGGUUUGUAAAAACUACAUGUAGAUACUUUUCUCCUGUAUACAUAGGGGUCAUUAUCGCAUCAUCACAGUUUCUAGGCACUUUUAGCGCAGAGCUUUGACUACACCUUGGAGUUCAUUGUCUUAUUUUAACAGAUGAUUGACAUUUUUUUUGUGUUGAAAAAUACUCAAACAGAAUCAGAUUCAGAAGAUUUUGGAAAGAAACACACUGAUGCUAAAUUAGAUAAUUAUUUUAAAAUGUUUUUUUUUACAAAAGUAACAAUCAAAUCAGCUGUUCGGACAGCAGCUGUUAAGUGAAGCUGUUUUCUGGGUAGGCUUCGUCCCUGUGGAAGUGUCAUAAACUAAUAGCAGAUAAAGACAACAUUUUAUCAGUGAGCUGUGACUCACUCCCUGGCACACUGUUGCUCAUUAGGUUAGAGAUAAAAUAAAGACUUGACACAAAA